UUAAAUAAAUUAAAUUAUUUAUGUUAAAUUAUUUAAAUUGCACAAAGUCCUAAAAUAUGAACGAUGAUUAUGUACAUUUUAACAAUAAUAUAUUUUACAUAGAAGAGAAUAUACCAGGACCUGACGACAACAGCCUGGAAUUUAAAUUCCUAUUAAAUAAUUAUAACUCUCAGCUCGAAAGUUAUUGCAGAUGUGAAAAUGUUUGUUCGUAUCCUAAAUGUGAAUGCUUGAAAAGGUCUGGCGGGAACAAUUACGUUGUUGAACACGGUGAACUGCCGAAACUGAAGAUAGAUAGUAAAGAAAAACAAAACCUUAUCUUAGAGUGCAAUAAGCAGUGCACUUGUUCUUAUCAAUGUGGAAAUAGACUUGUACAGUUGGGGCCACUAAAAGGACUAAUGAUAAAAAAAUGUGAUAUUGUACAAAAAGGGUUUGGUUUAUUUACUAAUGUUUUUGUUCGUAAUGGAUCAUUUAUUUGUGAAUAUAUUGGAGAAUUGCUUACUAAAGACCAGGCUUUUAAAAGAUACCACCAUAAUAAAACAAACAAGGAGAUGAAUUACAUAUUUCGUUUAAUUGAACAUUGUGGUACCGAGGUUAUAGAAACUUUUUAUGAUCCAAGUAAAUUUGGUAACAUAGGCCGCUAUAUUAAUCACAGCUGUGAACCAAACUCUCAAAUUUUACCCGUAAGAUAUGACAUGCCAAUACCCAAGCUUGCAAUAUUUGCUUGUGAGGAUAUAAAAUCUGGAUCCGAAAUAACUUAUAAUUAUAGUUUAAACAGCAAUACUAAGUACUCAGAAUUAAUAGAUAGAAAACAAUGUUUCUGUAAAACCCUUAGUUGUAAAGGAUAUAUGCCUUAUGAUGAAAUUUAAUAUAAAAAUGUUUAUUAAUAAAAAAAAGG